AUGACGCAUUCGAGCGCUGACGGUGACAGCCCGCCUCCUCAAACUGUGGUCAACGUGAUGGCUAGUGUGUACCUAAAUAUUACCGGCUCGACGUGGCUGUCUCAUCGUCCGGCCGUGUUCAAGGUGCUGCAUAAACUCUCAGGUCCAUAUGGUUUUGCCAAUGUUCUGAUGUUCAACAUGAUGGCCCUCUUCGAAGCGCCGCCGCAGUUACAGCUGCCAUCAUUCGCGGAUUCCGCCCCGCUUGGGAGAGAUGAUCCGUAA